UAAAACGCAAGUUAUUACCCAAUCCUAUCCAUCAAAAUCACAAACAAACAAACAAAAAAAUCACCAUCACCAUGAUCAUGAUCCAUCCUUCUCUUGCGUUAUCAUAUUUUCAUUUUAUGACUAAAAUUCAGUUUAAUUAACAAAACGCGUUUUUUCUUAAUCCCUUUUGAACCAUUCCAUAUAAUAAGCAACUAUAUCAUUGUCACAACUUGUACAUAAAAACAAUUAACCAAAUCAAACCUUUAUAAUUUUCUCCUUCACCAAACAAGUAAGGAAAAACCACAACACCCUUCAAAACCAAAAUCAUUAUAUCUACCUAUCUAUCUAUCAAUAUUUUCUUCCUCAAGGCCUAGGCCUUAACGUACCACCAUGUCAAUACUCCAAACCGAAGAACAAAUCAAACAAUUAAACGACAUAUUCAAUCGUUUCGACAUGGAUUCCGACGGAAGCCUAACCCACCUCGAGCUCGCGGCACUCCUUCGGUCCCUCGGCAUCAAACCAACCGGCGACGAAAUUUAUGACCUACUCAACAACAUGGACAACAAUAACAAUGGUUAUAUAGAAUUUGACGAGCUCGUUAAUGCUAUUAUGCCCGACAUGAAUGAGAGUGUUUUAAUCAACCAAGAACAACUCUUGGAGGUUUUUCGCUCGUUUGACCGCGAUGGUAACGGUUACAUUACUGCAUCCGAACUCGCCGGGUCAAUGGCAAAGAUGGGACAUCCUCUAUCAUAUCAUGAACUUGCUGACAUGAUGGCUGAAGCUGAUAGCAAUGGUGAUGGUGUUAUUAGUUUUAAUGAAUUUGCUUCUAUUAUGGCUAAAUCAGCUGCUGAUUUUCUUGGUGUUAAGGCACAAUAAAUAUGUUUAUAAUCAACCCUUUAUGAUUAAAAUUAAAUCAUGGGGUUUUCUUUGUGAAACCUUUUAUUUAUUGUUUUUUGGU